UAUGCUCAAUGCGACGUACUGUUUGUGCAGCCCUGCAGAGUGACUUGAUAAAUUUUGCCAAAAGCAAGCAAAACUUUGAAUUAAACAUUUGUUAAUUUCAAAAUCAAGCAAAAUUCAACAUGUCUCGCGGAAGUUCAGCCGGCUUUGAUAGACACAUUACAAUCUUCUCACCAGAGGGACGCCUUUACCAAGUGGAAUAUGCAUUCAAAGCUAUUAGCCAGGAGAACAUUACUUCUGUAGCGCUAAAAAGCGGCGAUUGUGCUGUGGUGGCCACGCAGAAGAAGGUAACGGAGAAGAAUAUUGUGCCGGAGACAGUCACACAUCUAUUUGGAAUUACCAAAGAGAUUGGCUGUGUGAUGACGGGACGUAUUGCUGAUGCGCGUUCCCAGGUACAAAAGGCGCGCUAUGAAGCCGCCAACUUCCGGUACAAGUACGGGUAUGAGAUGCCCGUAGAUGUGCUGUGCCGACGUAUCGCCGACAUCAAUCAGGUGUACACACAGAACGCAGAGAUGCGUCCACUAGGCUGCAGCAUGGUAUUGAUUGCCUACGACGAUGAGCUGGGACCAAGUGUCUACAAAACGGAUCCAGCUGGUUAUUAUUGUGGUUUCCGUGCCUGUUCUGUUGGCGCUAAAAUGGUCGAAGCCAAUAGCUAUUUGGAAAAGAAAUACAAAAACAAUCUGUCCGAGGAGAAGACCAUACAGCUGGCUAUCACUUGUCUCUCCACUGUUCUGGCGGUAGACUUCAAGCCUAAUGGCAUUGAGCUGGGCGUCGUGAGCAAAUCGAAUCCACAAUUCCGCAUACUCGAUGAGAAGGAGAUCGAGGAACAUCUAACCAAGAUUGCUGAAAAGGAUUAAAUGCUAGUUAUAUGAUAAACACUUUUAUACAGCCUUCAAAAGGAGUUUUGGGAAAAUAAAAACAUAAUACUUUA